AGACAGUCAGUCAGACACAGAGCCCGGGUAGAGGAGCAGAGCAGAGCGGCCACGUUUGCUUUGGUGGCUUUAAUAUAUUUUUAAAAUUUGUUGUUUUUUUUUUAAACCCCCACACACCACAUCCACACCCACGAAACGACAUUAAUUGUUACGAAAACAAACGGGAGCAGCUCGUUUUUUUUUUAAAAAAAAAAGCAAAACAAAAAAAAAGGAAGCAAAAGACCAAAGGGAACUUUUUUUUUAAAAAAAAAUUAUUAUCGUUUAAUAAUAAUUAUUCGUUAGCUCCGGAGCCCCCGCCACACCAUGGCCGACGACUGGAAUAGCUCCGACGACUGGAAAACUCCCGCGAUCUCCUCCUCGGCGCUCAUGGACAACGACGGCGAUGACUACGAGGAGCGAGGAAGAGGCGUGGGGACGACGGCGGGUGAGACCGGCUCCUCGACCCCACCGCCCCUCAAACCCGGGGCCGGCGACGCUCCCAAGCAGCAGCAGCAGCAGCAAGCCACAGGCCCCCGCCAGGGACCGCUUCGAGGAGCCCAAGAGCAGCGGUGAGAUAGCCGGCGACGGCUGGAUGAGGGAACGCGAGGCCCUGCCCUCUGCGACUGAGGUGAAGACCCCGACUCCUCCGUUCCUGGCCGCCACCAAGAUCGCGCCUCACCCCGACUCCACUUCGGCUCCUCAGUCCACCGGCCCGGUGGCCGAGACCCGCGGCAAAGGCCGGGAGUCAGCCGGUUAUGCUUUCCUAGAGCAGAAGUUCAAUACAAAAGACGAAUCCUUUUUUUCUCCUCCUUCCGUUGCACCUGAAUGUGUGAUGCAGUCCUCUGCAGAGUUUUCUGUCAACUUGAAAGACCAACCAGUGCGCGCCAAGCCUGUGGGACCACAGGAUGCUGCACCUGUGCAUGUUGAAACUGUUCCUGUCUUCUCUGUGUCUUCCUUUUCUUCUGCUGAUUCUAUAACUGAAUUAACAAUAUCCACAAAAGCAGUCCAAAAUGAUGAUCUUACACAGACUGAAGCACUCGCAGACACAGUUUCACAAACAAUCUCUGGUUUUAUGGAAAGUACAAUGGACAAACAAGUAGCAGAUGGUUUAGAGAAAGUUCAAGAUGUUAUUGAAAAGAUGGAAGUGAAGCCAGCAUUUAGUGAAUCGGUAAACCUCGAAUCACUAAUUUCUGUUGGUGAAUAUGAAUCCGAUAGGGAAGUAGAAUCAAGUGGAAAUGAAUUUGAAUGGACUGUAUUGUCUGUGGCUAAAGAAAACGUACCAGAAAAAGCCAAAUUGGAUGAGGAAAGUCUGACAAAGAUUAGUAAGAUUGCAGGUGUAGAUGAUCAGUUGCAAGGUAAUUGGGAAGUUGGUUUGGAAACAAAUAUGGGAUUAACAUCUUAUGAGGAAGCAUCAGGAACAGGUUUGGCCUUAGACAAAAUUGUUGAGCAAAAGGAAUUCAUGCAGAAUGUGUUAACAAAUUUGAAUGAGCAAAUCUUAGAACCAGUUGACAGUGGUCUUAAUUUUUGUUAUGGAGACAUUUUGGAAGUGAAGGGGCGGAUGAAUUUAAUGCCUUCUAGUACAGAAAUUGAGGUAACUAUGAUUGAUACUGAUGUUGCUAGUGAAUCUACUUUUACUGUCUUUGGGAAGCCUGUUGAAACUGUUGAGGUUCAGGAGCAGGCCGAUUCAGAGAAGCCAUGUGAUACUGAAAAACAAACUGGGGAUCAGGAUAGUGGGAAGCUAGGCUAUGCGGACUUGGAGAGUGUCCCCUUCAUUCAACAAUCACUUGAAUCAGAUGGAAAAGAAAAGCCCUCUCUGGCUGAUAAAGUUUAUUUUGCGGUUUCAGUAAAAGGUGAACCUCAAACUGACAUGACGUAUGCUACAUUUGACUCUUACAACGUGUUGGAACCUCCAAGGUCGGCUUAUCUAACCACUAAUAACCCAGUUCCUGAGGAUAGUGGGACCAUUAGAGAAAAGUCAGUAUUGGAAGAAGCUUCAGCAGCACCACAACAAUUGGCUACCAUCAAGUCUGAAGUGGAUAAGGAGAUUAAACUUGCAGAAACUAAAUCUAGUUCACCAAUAGAUAAUGCAAGUAAAUUAGUUUCAAAGAUCGUCCCAUCUGCUUCUGAAAUGUAUUCCCUUGAUGGCUUAGCAGUCACUCAAGAACACACUGGGGAAACUGAGGCUCCAGGACAAACACUACAAGAUCAUGCAUCAGAUAAUCUACAAACCAGCUCUGCGUUCAAGUUGCAUCAAUCAGCAAUAGGAGUGGAAAAAACUGAAGAAGUUGAUGUGGCACAAAAAAAAGAAUCUCGAGAUUCUCUUGAUCCAUUUAAAGCUUUAUAUUCUAUGUCUGAAUGGAGUAUUGUAGGAGAGCCUGAAAAAAUGCAGGGUUUAAAGGACACAAAGGCACCUUCUCAUCUCGAGAGUGUUAAUGUCACAGAAUGUGCCACUACUCCUGAAGAACCGAGACAUGGUCCAGUGCAAGCUGUCGCUCAAAGUACUAAGGAGGAACAAAUUGUACAUGCAUUUCCAGAACAACUUGCGUUGUCAGGCAGACCUGCUCACAGCAUUACAGGGGUGUCACCAGUACAGGAUACAUUUGAGGAGCUAGGCUCAGUUUCUGUCGGAGAAAUUGGUGAAGGUACUGUAGUUGUGUCAGAACAGGUUCCUGUUUGUGAGGAAGGAGAUUUUCCAGUACGUGUAUCUGUUAGUUCCACUAUAGUUCCAGAAGUUAAAGUUGAGAAUUCUUUGCUGUUUGGCUACAGAGAGCCUGAUUCCUAUGAAAAUAUGAAACCACUUCCCCACUCCUUUGAACAAGUGUUGUUGACAAGUGAGUUUGUGGAAGAUUUUACACUGAUUGGUGUAAAACCUGAAGUGUCAGCUGACACUUUGGAGAUGAAAUGCCAAUAUGGAGCUGUGCCUAAGGAGAUUAUUAGCAAAUCUGAGCCUGAACUGGUUUUGGGAACUGAGAUGAGCAAUGUACUUGAAGUCAAAUCUGCUGAACAGCUUCUGCCUGAUUACGAAGAUAUUGAGCAAUUUGCGUUUUGCUCUUUAUUGGCCCAAGAGCCAAUUGAAAUUCCAACAUUGAUUAAGGAUCUAACUGAAGAAGUUCUGACUGGUCCGUUACAUAUUGAGGAGAAAGCUGCAACAGAAAUUAAAUCUGGUCAUCAGCAAGCUUCUGGAGAAACGUCGUCUCGUCCAACUGAAACAGCAAAGUAUACUGUUCAAGAAGCUAUCUCAGCUCUAACUACAAUUGAAAAUAUUGCUACACCAUUAAUUGCAGAGGCAGAGCCAACUGAGGAUAUUGUAAGUGUUGCUAAAGGACCUGCUUUAGAAGCAGUGUCUGAAGAAUCUGAUUUUGUAUCUUCCCAGCCAAUAGAUUUGAUGGGUACUCUGUCUUUACAGGGUGAUACAUUUACUGACAACUUUAAGGAAAAACAGGAUAAAGUUAAAAUUGAUAGUACUUCUACACAACCAGUCGAGGAGAAAGUGGAGAUUGAUACAUUUGCUGACAACUUUAAGGAAAAGCGGGAUAAAGUUAAAAUUGAUAGUAGUUCUGCACGACCAAUAGAGGAGAAAGUGGAGAUUGAACAAGGGCAUCUAAACACUCAAGAGGUGUCGCCUUCUGCUGUCAUCAAUGAAGAAGUAACCAAGGCUUCAAAAGAGGUGGUGACAAAAAUCUUAGAAACUAGUGUUGCCCUAGCAGAAGUGUUAGGAAAGGAGGAAAGAGCCAGAACAUCACCCAUGGGUCAGCAAGAAGUUGAUGUACUCCACGCAACUGCAGAAGAGGCCAUCGUUAGUAAAAAAUAUGUUCCUCCCGAAACUGUAAUGUCAGAAUUGCCUCCUACUGCUGAGAGCAGUGAAGUAUCUUCUGCUGAUCCUGAUAUUGCUGAUCGUUCAGUAAAGCUGAACAAAAAAUCAGUUGUGGACUUAAUCUACUGGCGUGAUAUUAAGAAGACUGGAUUGGUGUUUGGUGCCAGCCUUUUCUUACUGCUCUCCAUGACAAUUUUCAGCAUUGUCAGUGUAAUUGCGUAUCUUGCUCUGGCAUUGCUUUCAGUCACUGUUAGCUUCAGGAUAUACAAAGGUGUUUUGCAAGCAGUGCAGAAGUCUGAUGAUGGCCACCCAUUCAAGGGUUGCCUGGAGACUGAUGUUACUGUGUCGGAAGAUCUGAUACAUAAGUACAGUGACGUUGGGUUGGGCCAUGUCAACCGUGUGCUUACUGAACUCAGACGGUUGUUUCUUGUUCAGGAUCUGGUGGAUUCUCUGAAGUUUUCAGUGCUGAUGUGGCUGCUCACAUAUGUUGGUGCCUUGUUUAAUGGACUGACCCUGCUGAUAAUAGCUCUGGUAGCAGUUUUCAGCAUCCCUGUUGUUUAUGAAAGACACCAGACUCAGAUAGAUCAUUACAUAGGGAUGGUCAGCAAGCAAGUUAAAGAGGUCACUGCUAAGAUUCAAGCUAAAGUUCCUGGACUAAAGCGUAAACCAGAGUAAAGGCACCUGAUCUAAGCUUCAUGGCAUGUUGUCUGCUGGGCUGUCUCUUGAAUUGUCACAGGGAGGGUUGCGAAGAACAAAAUAGCCUUGGAACUGCAGUGUAAUUUGCAAAUCUUCUCCAUUUGGUAGUAACUUAGCUUUUGGAAACAUUGUUUUUCUGCAGUCUCUAUUUCAUGAUCCAUGAUAUCAAAUACUAAUGUGUAAGAAAUUAGAAUUCAGUUUAUUUAUCUAGUUUGGUACAGAGAACACUGGUUUGUAUUAAAGAUUUGAGAAGCUGUACAUUGCACUUGUCAGGGGUAGUGUCUUACUAUGUGAAAACAAAUCAUGGUGCAGUUGGAGCUUUUGGUAUUUUUCCCCACAGUUUGCACACUUGUUUGUAGAAUCUAUGCUGUGAGGUUGAUGCAGAAUUCUAACCCCAUGCGAUAAAAAUAUUUACUGUACCAUUGUAGUGAAAAUUGAGGUCUUGCUUUUCAGACUAAAAUUCUUUGCUGUAUUAAGAUUUUACUGUUUUAACAAUUGCCCAGUUAGUGUUUCACUAAGCUAAGGAGUUAAUUUCAGCAGCUCCACAGUGCUUGAUAGGUCAGAGUUGUCUGAUUUUUAAAGAUGGAUCCAUGGCACUGAAAGUUGCAAAAUAGAUAUAAUCGCAGCAUAAGCAUACAACUCAUCGCAAACUUUCAUCUGUGUAGUAGCACACUUAUAGCAACAUUAUCUGUACUUCUGGUAUCUGUGGACUGAAUAUCUAAUGCUGCAAAUAAAUGUAACUUGGAAAUUUGAAGCAUUGUCAUGCAAAAAUGUGAGAAUGAACAUUGAGUUGUAAAUGAAUUUGGCUCAGGCUUUUGUCUGAGGAAUGCAUUGUGAAAUAAUUGAGAACCAAUAAAGCUUACAGACAAAA